GAAGGGGCGGAGCCGCUCUGACGGCGGAAGGAGGCGGGGAGCGGCCCCCCUAGGCACUGUGGGCUCCGAGCGGCCGAUUUGGCCUCCUCAGCACCGCCGGGUCGGGGUUUACCGCGACCGUUGCACCCAUCCCGCCGGUGCCCCGUCCGGUCCCCGUUCCCUCAACGCCGCCGCUGGGGUUCCUGCUCCCGCCCUCUACUGACGCAGUCUGUGCCGCACCAGCUCCUAACAUGGCGGCGGCGAGGCAGUGAGGAGCGCGGGCUGCGAGCCGGGCCGGAGCGGAGCGGUCUUAAAGCUUUUGAAGCCAUGGGAAUCAAAGUCCAGCGGCCACGAUGCUUUUUUGACAUAGCCAUCAACAAUGUACCUGCUGGAAGAGUGGUCUUUGAAUUGUUUUCUGACGUGUGCCCAAAAACAUGUGAGAAUUUUCGCUGCCUUUGCACAGGUGAAAAAGGUACUGAAUCAACCCAGAAGCCAUUGCAUUACAAAAGUUGUCUGUUUCAUCGAGUUUGUGAAAGAUUUAUGAUCCAAGGAGGUGACUUCAGUGAAGAUGAGAGCUUUGCUGUAAAGCACAACAAAGAAUUUCUUCUGUCAAUGGCUAACAGAGGGAAAGAUACAAACGGUUCACAGUUCUUUAUAACAACCAAGCCUACACCUCACUUAGAUGGACUUCAUGUUGUUUUUGGACAAGUCAUCUCAGGACAGGAAGUUGUGAGAGAAAUAGAAAACCAGAAAACAGAUGCAUCUAGUAAACCAUAUGCUGAAGUACGAAUACUGAGUUGUGGAGAGUUGAUUCCAAAAUCCAAAGCCAAGAAAGAAGAGAGGAAAAGACACAAGUCAUCCUCCUCAUCCAGUGAUUCAGAAAGUUCAAGUGAUUCAAAAUCUUCUUCUGAUUCAUCAUCUGAUUCUGAAAGUGCUUCUGAAGAGAAACCUAAAAAGAGAAAAAAGAAACACAAGAAAAAUUCUAGAAAACAUAAGAAGGAAAAGAAAAAGAGAAAGAAAAGUAAGAAAAGCUCAUCCAGUGAAAGUGAAGAUGAAAACCCUGAAGCACAGUCAGUGUCUACUGUCCGUCCCGAGGAGAUCCCUCCUGUACCAGAAAACAGGUUCCUCAUGAGAAAAAGUCCUCCUAAAGUAGAUGAAAAAGAAAAAGAAAGGAAGAGCAGGGAGAAGGAAAGAGAGAGUAAUCCAUCAAAUUCCCAGUCGUCAUACCAGAGAAGGCUUUUAGUGACCAGAUCUGGAAGGAAAAUAAAAGGAAGAGGACCAAGGCGCUAUCGGACGCCUUCCAGAUCCAGGUCAAGGGAUCGCUUCAGACGCAGUGAGACUCCUCCACAUUGGAGGCAGGAAAUGCAAAGAGCUCAAAGAAUGAGAGUUUCCAGUGGAGAAAGAUGGAUAAAGGGAGACAAGGGUGAAGUAAAUGAAAAUAAGAAAGAUGCUCAAAAAAGCCCUGGGAGAGGAAAGGAGAGAAAAGUAUCAGACCACAGACAAGUCUCUGAGAGUCCAAACAGAAGAGGGGAAAAGGAGAAGAAGACAAAAGACCACAAAUCCAGAAGUAAAGACAGGGAGACAAGGAGGAAUUCAGAAAAAGACGAUAAGCAUAAUAAAAACAAGGCCAAGAAAAGAGCUAAAUCUAAAAGCCGGAGCAAAAGCAAAGAGAAAUCAAAGAGCAGAGAAAGAGACACUAAGCACAACAGACAUGAAGAAAAGAGAGUGAGAUCGAGAAGCAAAGAGAGGGAUCAUGAGAGAGGUAAAGACAAGCACCAUGAUUCCAGAGGGAGAGAUAAAGAAAGGAGCAGAAGUAAGGAGAGGUGUAAAAGUGCAGGAUCAAAAAGUAAUGAACAAGAUCACAGUAAAAGCAAAGACAGGGAGAAACAUGGAAAAUCAAGGAGCAAAGAACGUGAGCAGACUAAAGGAAAACAUAGUUCCAAUAGUAAAGCAAGAGAACGAAGCAGAAGCAGAGACAAAGGGAAGAGAGCCAGAUCUAGAAGUAGAGAGAGAGACCGGAGUAGAAGUAGAGAGCAUUCAAAAAAUGAAGAUAAAGAAGCAAAAAGAAAAGGAAGAUCAAGAAGUAGAGAGAGAAAAGGCACACCAGAAAAAUCUAAAGGAAAAGAGAAUAAGAGGAGGAGAGACUCAAGGAGCCGUGAAAGAGAAGAAAGUCAAAGCAGAAACAAAGAGAAGUAUCUGAACAGAGAAAGUAGAAGUUCACAUAAGAAAAAUGACUCUGAAAGCCAAAGGAAGAAGCGUUCAAAAAGCCGUGGAAGCAGUAGCCCUGAGACCAAUAAAGAUAAAAAGGCUAGUAGAGAUCAGGAUAAAAGUCCAGACUCAAAGAGAAGACAAAGCAGUAAGGAUAGAGAAUUAAAAAAAUCAUCUACACGCAGGAGUAGGGAAAAAGAGAAGACUAGAUCUUCACUAGAAAAAGAAAUUAACCAAAAAUCAAAGAGUCAGGAAAGAAGUCAUGCCCAUCGUAAGGAUAAAAAGUCUGAUCAUGAAUCAAGUCCUGGAACAGAUGAAGACAGACGUGGAUGAGCUAUGGACUUGUUGUUUCCAUUCUGUCUCAAACUUUGAGACAUUUUGGGGAACAUCUUUUUUUUUUUAAUGUGGACUUCAGUUUGGUCUUUUGAUAAUCUAAAACCUGGAUCAUUUGUACUGCUAAAGUUUUAAUAAACUUGAAAUGAGAAACAUUUUAUGUGUAA